UGUAUGCUCUCUUUGUCUUCCUCGACGAACCUGUUCAUCCUUUCCCCUUCUCUCAAGCUUUAAUGUGUUCUUAAAUUCGAGAAUAAAUGUUGUGUUAAUUAGACAAAACUCUGAAACGUUUUUUUACUCUGUUGAUUUCGUCUCCUAUAAAUAGUAGAUGGAGGCGGCAGUGGUGAUCUUCCACAAUCACUCUCCUAUCAAAUUUCUCGCUUUAGCUUCCACAGAAUCUCCUAAAGAUGUCUUCCGCCGCUGUCCCAAACAUGCCUUCCGCCGCCGCCGUGGUUGUUGCCCCAACAUCGUUCGACGAUCUCCGCCUCGGUAGAUCCGGUCAGUUCGUCGUGGGCCGCCUCCUGCGUUUUUGGGACUCCAGAAACAUCAAGAAACAAGGUGAAUUCAUGGGAAUCACCUUGCUUUUCCUUGAUGCGCAGAACUCUGUGAUCCAUGGAUUUAUUCCUGCUGCUCGCUCCGGUCACUACCGUCCAGGUUUAAGAAGCGGUUCCAUCGUGAAAGUUUCAAGCUUCGAGGUGGCAAGAUGUACUAAUAUGUACAAGAUUACCGACAGCCCAUUUGUGAUCCGGUUUCUCCCACAAACAACCAUUGAUGAAGUCUUGGUCGAUGCACCUGUUAUCAACCUCCAAAAGUUUAUGCUGAGGAAGUUUGAGCAUCUUCAAGCGCUUGCUAACACAAACUUGGAACUCCCCGAUGUUGUCGGAAUGAUUAGUUCCGUCCAAGGUUCCGAUCUUUCGGACACUAGAGUGACGACUCGAGUUGUUGUGCGUUUCGUCGUCGAGCCUAAUGUUGAGGUGUAUCUGUCCUUAUGGGAUGAUGCUGCGGCCACCUUUCGGGGACUCAUCAGUUCAGGCGAAGGAACCAAGUCUGUUAUGGUGGUCACAACUGUGAAUCCCAAAAUCUUUGGAGGUAAUCUGUACCUCAACUCCACACCAGCAACGAAAUUUUAUUUCGACUUGAAUCUACCAGCCAUCGCCCAGUUCACAGCUGGCUUAAGCGGACCAGUUGGUGAAGCUUUUCCUUGCAUCGACACCAAGGAGAGGAUUAAGAAAAAGGAGAAUGUCUCCAUCGGAGAUCUAACCAAAUUCAUCUCCAACUCUGAUGAGCAGGUUCAAACUCAAGAAGCAGAAUUCAUCUGCAAGGCUCGAGUUCUUGAGGUUCUCCAACAUAAUGGGUGGUCCUUUGUUUCAUGCACUGGCUGCAGCAGAAAGUUAGAUCAAUCAGGCACCUCCCUACGUUGCAACCGUUGUGUUAACGCCAACGUCACCGGUGUUAUAAAGUACCGAGUUGAAUUGUCUGUUGAUGAUGGGAAUGACAAUGCCACUUUUGUGGUUUUCAACAGAGAGAUGCUUAAGCUCACUAACAAGGAUGCUGCUACUCUGACUGUUGAAGAGAUGAAUGGUGGUGGAGGCGAGCAGCUCCCACAGUGUCUACAAGACCUUGGUGGAAAAGAAUUUGUGUUCCAUAUCCGUGUAACCCCGUUCAAUUUCACCCCCAACCACCGGACUUUCACUGUUUGUGGAAUAAGUGACCACAUCGAACCUGAGACUUUCAACACCAAAGAAGCUUCCAUUGUUGGUGGAAAGAGUGGCGAAGCAUCUGCUUCCGGCAGUACCUUGGUUGAAGGUGGAGGGUAUGAGGCAAAUCCAACCGGUGGUGAGGUUAAGGAGGGUAGCCGUAAACGUCCCCGUGAGUGAAGCUACUAAGCUGUGAUUCCGUCAACCCAACUCUGCUCCUGUUUUUUUUAAUUUCCCAGUACCUUGAAUAACUAUGCAUUUCUUUUUUUGGACUUUCCAGUUUUUUCAGUUUCGAGUUUUGUUUGUAAGCCAAUAUCCGGCUUUUUACCUCUUACGAGGAAACACUUUUAAAUUUAAUAUGAUGGGUUGACGUUUUAUUAA